CAGCUGUGGAGUAAACCUCUGCGUUGCUAUCGUUGCAUUUCUGUGCGACGGCGGCAGACGGCCGGUGAAGGGUGAGAACGACUUCGCAACGGAGAUCAGACAAAAUCGAAUUGACGAGGUCUGAAUUGAAGGAUGUACUACAUACGUCCGUCCGUCAGUUAAAGACUCACGGGACCCCUUCUGGAUACAGCUUUCCUUGCCAUCCCCGCAUUCCCAUCAGGUUUGCAGGCGAGCGGGGUUUACGAACGGAGCUUGGAGGGCGACACUGGAACGGUACGAAUGAGGAACGGCAUUGCAUUCCUCUGCAUAUAGAGCACAGCUUUAAUGAAGAAGCAGACCCUCCAACAGUCUCGCUGAAGGGGACACGACACCCUCCAGGACAGCUAUGGAGUCACCAUGGAAACCACUUCUCUUCCUGUCAGUCAUCAGUGGCCUCUCAGAGUUGUCUGCCGCUGUUGCGGGGCGACCUGCGUCCUAUGCAGCUGUGUUGAGAAUGAAGCCAGACAGCUCGGCAUCGUCUCUCAGAUCCAGGAUCAGUCUGCGGCACGAUCGCGGCGCGGGGUCCCCUGCGACCGCCGACUGGCCGGCGUUUUCGGGACGACGCCUGUCGGCCCACGACACGCACAGCUCCCAAGAGGAGCACAGGAGCGAAGAGAGAGUGGAAUUUGGACCUGCAUUUAUUCAGGAGCCUGAUGACACUAUAUUUCCAUUGGAAUCUGAUGAGAAGAAAGUUACCAUGAACUGUGAAGCAAGAGGCAACCCUUCACCCACGUACAGAUGGAUGAUCAAUGGAACAGAGGUGGACAUCCGAAGCGACUUUCGUUAUAGCCUGAUCGAAGGCAGCCUGAUUAUCACCAACCCCAGCGAGGCCAGAGAUUUCGGGAGGUACCAGUGCAAGGUGGCCAACAGCCUCGGCACUGUUGUGAGCAGGGACGCUCUCCUGCAGUUUGCAUAUCUGGGUAACUUCAGUGGGAGAAUAAGAGGAGGUGUGUCUGUGCGGGAAGGCCAGGGAGUGGUGCUCAUGUGCACCCCCCCUCCUCAUUCCCCAGAGAUCACAUACAGCUGGGUGUUCAACGAGUUUCCAUCAUUUGUGAUCGAGGACAGCAGACGGUUCAUCUCCCAGGAGACAGGGAACCUGUACAUCUCCAAAGUCCAGCCCUCGGACGUCGGCAGCUAUAUAUGUCUCGUGAAGAACCCAGUGACCAAUGCAAGGGUCCUUAGCCCGCCAACACCGCUGACGCUGAAAACUGAUGGUAUAAUGGGAGAAUAUGAGCCCAAAAUCGAGGUGCACUUUCCUCCAACAGUAAUGGCAGCCAAAGGCGUGACAGUGAGGCUGGAGUGCUUCGCCUUGGGGAAUCCCGUCCCCACCAUUACCUGGAGGAAACUGAACGGAAACAUUCCCAAAAAGGCUCGGCUGCGGAAGUCCCAGGCCGUCUUGGAGAUUCCCAACAUCCAGCUGGAGGAUUCUGGGACCUAUGAGUGUAAAGCAGAGAACCCCAGGGGAGGGAAUGCCUUCCGUGGCCAACUGCAGGUCUACACCUAUCCGCAGUGGAUCAGUAUGAUUAAUGACACCCAGCUGGACAGCGGGGAGCAGCUACAGUGGGAGUGCAAGGCCACAGGGAAGCCCAGGCCCACCUACCGCUGGCUGCGCAACAGUGCCCCCCUGUCUCCGCAGAAACGAGUGGAACUGGUGAAUGGAGAGCUGCUAAUCAGGGGUGUGCAGCAGUCAGACUCCGGGAUGUACCAGUGCAUUGCGGAGAAUAAAUACGGAGCCAUUUACUCCAGUGCAGAGCUCAAGAUUUUAGCAUCUGCUCCCAGCUUCCCACCCAGCCCCAUACGGGUCAUCGCCACUAUGGGGAAGGACGUGUCUCUGGAGUGCAAGCCCCGAGCAUCCCCCAAACCCAGUGUCAUAUGGAGGAAAGGAGACAGGAGGAUACAGCCCAGUAAGAGGAUUAUGGUGCUGCGGAACAACACUCUCAGAAUCCUGAACUCCAGCCGCGCAGACGAGGGGAACUACGUAUGCCAGGUGGAGAAUCAGUUUGGCUCGGCCGAGAUGACAACCACUCUGUGGGUGAAAGAGGCCAUGCGGGUGGAGCUGACCCCAGCAAAGGUGGAGGUGACAGUAGGAGAAAGUGUAGUCCUCAGCUGUAAGGCCGUCCAUGACCCCUCCCUGGACGUGGUCUUCCUGUGGCUGCUCAAUCGUCAGCCUCUCAGCUUCAGCCAGGAGGGUGGCCACUUUGAGUACAUCCAGACACAAUCCUCCACCACAGAUCUGAUGAUCAGAAACAUCCAGCUGAAGCAUGCUGGGAAAUACGGCUGCCGGGCCCAGACCAGUGCUGACACCGUGUUUGUGGAGGCUGAGCUCCUGGUUCGAGGUCCCCCCGGGCCGCCAGGGGUCGUGAUCGUGGAGGAAAUCACAGACACCACGGCAACGCUGUCCUGGAGCCGGGGGGUGGACAAUCACAGCCCCAUCAGCACCUACAAUCUGCAGGCCCGGAGCCCCUUUUCCUUAGGAUGGCAGACAGUGAAGACAGACCCAGAACAUGUGACAGGGGACAUGGAGUCUGCCAUGGCCGUGGAACUGAAUCCCUGGGUGGAGUACGAGUUCCGGGUCGUGGCCAGCAAUGCCAUCGGGACGGGAGAUCCCAGCGCCCCUUCUAGAGGGGUUAGGACAAAGGAAGCAGUUCCGUCGGUGGCCCCGGCUAAUGUCAGUGGCGGGAACGGCCGCAGGCACGAGCUGGUUAUAUCGUGGGAGCCAGUGUCUGAAGAGUUCCAGAAUGGGGAGGGCUUUGGGUACAUUGUGGCUUUCCGAGCCAAUGGGACGCGGGGCUGGAAAGAGAAGAUGGUGACAUCCGCCGACUCCACGACAUUCAAGUACCGGGACGAGACCUUCCCGCCCCUCACCCCUUUUGAGGUGAAAGUGGGAGUCUACAACAAUAAGGGAGAUGGACCUUUCAGUGGGGUGGUCACAGUCUACUCAGCUGAGGGAGAGCCCAGGGAGGCCCCCUCAGAGGUGAGCGCUGCUGCUGUAUCCUCUUCUGAGAUCCAGGUACAGUGGAAGGCCCCUAAUCCUGGACCUGGAAGACCCUGGGGAUAUGAGGUUAAUUACUGGAAAGACAUGGAGCAAGAGGAGUCUGGACGCAAGAUGAGAACUCCUGGAAACGAGACCUCCAUCAUACUCACAGGCCUAGAGGGAAAUACCCUUUAUCUCAUCAGUGUGAAAGGGUACAACAACAUUGGCCAAGGUCCUGCCAGCAACGCUGUCCGUGCCAAGACCAAGAAAUCCCCUCCCGCCCAGCCCCCUAGCAAUCUAAUGUGGAUUCAGGAGGGAAACAAUGUGUCCUUAGCCUGGGAGCCAGUGAAACCAAUGGAUAAUGAGUCUGAUGUUGUUGGUUAUAAGGUGUUUUUACGCCAAGAGGGACGAAGCUACAGUCAAGUGAUAAAGACCCACAACCCCACAGCAGUGCUGUCUCUGCCUGAGGGGGGAACCUAUGUCAUUGAGGUGCGGGCACUCAGCGAGGGGGGAGAAGGCACUGCCAGCUCCUCAGUUAGAGUACUCACCUCCUCAGGGGUUCGGGCGAAGAGCGGUCAGCAGUCUGUACACAGCCUGUCCCAGGGCUCAAUAUGGACAGUGCUGUUCGUGGCUCCACUGGUGCCUUUAGCUGCCUGGUGAGGCCAAACCGCCAAACCCACCCACUGGCGUGGGAGAGAGGCUUCCUUCACUCGGACUGCUACUUUCCUGGCCUUAUC